AUGACCAACACGCCGGACCGCGCGCGGCCCUCCGGGCCCCUGCGCUUCCUCAGUCGACGGCCCUCGGCCGGGUACAUCAGCACAUCCAACUCGCGAGACUUGCACGACCAGCUGGUCGUGCAGAAGGCUCGCCGGGUCCCGGCCCCCGGGCCCACUGGCCAGCUUGGCCAGGAUGACUCGGCUGACAUCGACCUGUUCACCGGCGGCUCGCCGGCCGAGGGCCCCCCGUCGCCGCCAUCUCUCGGGACGGCGGAGUACGUGUCCCCACCUGGCCGCGGGGCCGCUGCACAGCCGUCGCCCCUGCGCAUCAGCGCCCCUGCACCCGAGGAGCCGCCGAGCCCCAGGUCGGCGGCGGCCGUGGCGGCAGCCGCAGCCGCGGCCGACAUGCUGAAGCCUCCGCUGUCGCCCAACUCGCGGCCCAUCCGGCAUCGGGUGACCCCCGAACGCCGGGGCACCGGCGACCUGCGUGCCCGAACGGCCGCAGCCGAGUUCCUCCUCCAUGGAGCCGGGCCCGGGCCUGAUCACUUCGCCCCUCGGGUGCCCGGCCAUCGCCCGCCGAUGAUGGAACACCGCUCGCCGGCCCCAUUCCAUGAGGGCCUGCCGGGCCGGCCUGCCCUGGCGGCCGGGUCCCCGGGCAGCCGCCCCUUCAGCGACUCGACUGUGACUUUGGUGCGACAGCCCCAUCGGCCGGGCUCCCUGGCCAAUGGCGGCCGAGAGUCUUCGCCCUCCGCGCCGCUGGGCCAUGGCGGGCACCUGCCCGAACGGACGCGCGUCCUUCGGCCGCCGACCCCGACGCCCCCGGCCACCGCGGCGGUCUCCCUGCCCGGGCAGCUUGAGUAUGUUCGCAUGGCGGCCGUCGGGUCCGAUCGCAGCCCGCGGGCCAUGGAGUCCGACAAUCCGCUGCAUGUGCAGCUCCUCCGCGCCGCGCCCCCGGCCACCCUCAGCGACUCGUCCAUGGGGGGGGCCGUGUAUGAUGCCGACAGCGAGGAUGAAGACCGCCCGGGGCUCGGGCUGCCGGGCGCUGCUGCCGCUGCUCGUGGACGUGGCCGAUCCCGGUCCGAGGCCCGGGUAGACACAUUCUCCAGCAAGAAUGGCCACGCCAGCGUCACCCCCGCCGCCGCCGCCUCCCAGCACCAUCUUCACCACCACCACCACCAGCAACAGCACCACCAGCAACAGCACCACCAGCAACAGCACUACCCCUCGCAGCAGGCGCCAUACUCGCAGUACCCGCAGCACAUGCAGUCGGCGCAGCUGCAGCCCCCGUCGCAGCCGCCAGCACAUCCCCCCUUCCACCACCACCCCCACCACCACCCCCACCACCCGGACGUGUCGAUCGCCCGGCAGGCCGGCCAGGCGUAUGCCCACCGGCACCAGCUGAGCACCACCCAGCUGCCCGGGGUCCACACAUCGGCCACCCGGUACCGGCAGAUCCUGGACAAGAUGUCCAUCAGCGAGAUCCUCUACCGGUACUACCACUACUUUGACAGUGCCAACAUCGAGUCCUGGCUCGAGCUGUGGGCCUCGGCCGGGGAGCUGGUGGCCAGUGGCCAGAAGAUCGCCGGGACCACGGAGCUGUCGCGCUUCGCCCGCGGCCAUGCCCGGCACUCGUACGGCGUGACGCACGUCCUGGUCAACCCGAUCAUCGAGCUCCGCGGCGAGGCCGGCACCAAUGCCGUGGUCCACUCGCGCAUGAUGGCCUUCGAUUGCCGCCGGCAGCCGGCCCGCCUGAUGGCCCUGGCCCGGGUGUACUGGGAGAUCAUCGUCCAGCGCGGCGAAUGGCGCAUCAUCUACCAGUCCAUCGACCUGGUGCCGAACUACCGGCUCCGAUAA